AUGCUACUCGAGAGGCGGGCUGUGAGCCCCAUGCUGCUAUUUUCAACUAGCCUGUUGGCUGUCUCGGCCUACAACUAUGGCUUCAGUGACCAGGCCUUUGCCUCGUGCCAGGCAAUGGACUCGUUUACCCGCCAAUUUGGUGUCUACAGCGAAAGCAAGGACGAGUGGAAAUUAGAACCUCUUUUCACGUCUCUAUAUAACUGUCUCAAGGCUGGUGGUCAAAUCAUCGGUGGGUCGCACCCUCGAAAGGCCCGGUUUGAGCAAAAGUUUGGAUGCUAA